GGGGCGAGGCCUCCCGCGCCUCCCCGCUCCCGCCCUCCCGCCCCAGCCCAGCCGCGCCGCGCCGCGCUGCCCGCACACACCCACCCGCCCGGCUCCGCACGCCGCCGCCUCGCUCCCAGCAUGGUCAUCAAGGUCUACAUCGCCUCCUCCUCCGGCUCCACGGCGAUUAAAAAGCAGCAACAAGAUGUGUUAGGUUUCUUGGAAGCCAACAAAAUUGAAUUUGAGGAAAAGGAUAUUGCCGCCAACGAGGAGAAUCGGAAAUGGAUGCGUGAGAACGUCCCUGAAGACAGCCGGCCCGCAAGUGGGAACCCCCUGCCGCCCCGGCUCUUCAAUGACAGCCGGUACCUCGGGGACUACGAAGCUUUCUUUGAAGCGCGAGAGAACAAUGCAGUAUAUGCAUUUUUAGGGUUGACUGCACCACCUGGUUCAAAGGAAGCUGAAGCACUGGCAAAGCAGCAAGCAUGAAUUUCAACUGCCUUAAAUGUUCUGUAAAGGGAAUUUCCACAGCUUUUUAUAAAAUAGUACAAUUGUCUGCUUCAAGAAACGUAGAUGUGAUUUCUAACAUAUGAUUGGUGCUUGCAGCAUUCACCAUACAUAACACAGAUUUGAACACAAGAUGAAAAUGUGAACAUAAAGGUAGAGAGCAUGGAGUGUAUUAUUACAAAGUUGGAAGCAUAGGAAACUGAAGCAAUUAAGACAUGAAUGAUUUCCAUGUAGUUUAAACUGUCUUGGCAAUCCGUCCAUUUUGUGUAAACUUAAAGAAACUAUUUUAGUACUAAUAAUACAGAUGGGGUUAUACCUAGAGGUCCAACUAUUUAAAAUAUGGAAAACAGCAUCUAAACCCUUGUCAGAUACUAACUUUAGUGCCUGAGUUGCCUCAAAAAUGUUACUGAAUUACACAGUAAUUCUUCAGUGUCUUUUCUGGUUUCAGAUGAAAUUGUAGGUGGUAUUGUGUAGUACAGCCAUUGUAGUCACUUUUGGAAGUUGUGUUUGUUCUUUUGUAGAAUGGAUAUUUAAGAUUUGUAUUGUAACACACUGUACAGAUGAUUAAAACAAAAAUGCCAUGUAGUUCUCAUCUAAGUGAUCCAUGUGGGCUCUUGACAAAAAGGGAUUUCAGCAAUGGACAGCCUUUGCAUUGGCAAGUUCAUCACCCAGCUGCCUAUGCAUGACUCAGUGACCUGUCUGUGUGCAAGAUUCAGCCACAUAUGCGCUAAUUCCCAGGCAACGUUGCAAAUAAGCCAAAACGGCCAGAAAUGGCAUUUCCUUACCUGUGUAAGGGUGAAAGCCUUUAAUGUAUUUCUCUGCAAAAAUACCAGUUCACACUGCUUAUAGCAUUAGGCAUAUUACUGCAUGUUCAAGUAGUCAUUAGAUUCAUACAGCAUUUUUUCAAAUGAGGAAAUGUUUGAAUAGUGAGAACUAUUGUAAUUAAGCAAGACUUCUUAAGGCUUAAAAACUUUUUUUCCAUUGUUAUUGCCAUAUCAUGAAGCUGUUACAGGAAUUGCAAAUCUAUUAAAAUGUCUUGUAUUGGUGAAUUUACCACGUGCAAUAUUAACCUGUCGGUUCCCCCAGUGCUUGUGAGAUAGCAUGUAUUUCUUGGCUAUAUUCUACAAAAAUAAAAAUAACUGCAAGUGCUCUGAAGGGUAAGAAAAAGGUUUUAAAAGUGUGUGGGUCAUUUAAAAUGAGUUUGCACCACAUAAUGUACUUAUUCCCCAAAAGCAUCAAAACACAGUAAGAAAGAUAAUUAGUUCUUGCUAUAGUUAAAGGAUCAUUCUAAUAGCUCUGUGCAUACAUAUCUUGCUUUUUUUUUUGCUUUAUGACAACAGAAGCAGGUGGUACAGAUCAGAGAAAGCCUGCAACGCAUCAUUGCUGUUUGGUUAUUUUACACUGAUGCUGUAAAAUGUAUACAGAGCUUUUUAAAUACUUUCUGAAACAGAUUACAGUUCAUAGUUUUGCAGGCUGAAAUUAGGAAGCGGAUAAAAGUAAAAACUUAUGUUUACAAAAGUGUUCCAAAGUGCAGUAAUCAAGUGCUUCCCUCGCCAACAUUUCUUAGGGGCUUUUGCUCCACUUUUGUUCACUAUAACUGAUGAUUUUGUCAACAUUUGUUAGAAAAGAAAUGCAACUAGUUGCUUUGGUAGGAGAGCAGCUCUGCUUCUACACAGCUUGUGAUGAAACAGUCACAGACGUCCAAGAAAGCAGGAUCAAGCACGGAGCCAAAUUCCUUAAAAUUACAUUUAAUUGAUGUUUUAUCUUUGCUGAUUUGGGAGCCUGGGAGUCAGUUUGAGGCUUGUGCUUACAAAAGCCAGCGCAGUACCACAAGGGAUAGAUUACUGUUGCCUUACCUUCAAGAUUUAACACAUGCAUUUGUGCUUUUUCAUUAACAGGCUUUAUCAGUAAUUACUGCAAUUUUGUGAAAUUUAUUUGUAAGAUCUUUUGGGGAUGGAAGCUAAGUUACGUUUUAAAUCCAUUGUCUGGUUUUUGUUGUUUGUUCUGAUUUAGUCUUUCCCAGAUGAGGUGAUUUUUCUUUCUUAAUAUUGGCUUUGUCUUUCUCUGUGUCUAAACUAGUGGUCAAAUUUUUGAGAAAGUAAGAAUACUAAGUGAAGUCUUGCGAAGAAAUUGGAAUUUGACACACAGGUCGCUAUACUCAUGCCAAUAUGCUGCGUUUCCUGUGUAAGGAAAGUAUGGUGUAAGCUUUGUGAAUUACAGUAAUUAUUUUGGAGCAGCUGUAAUUGAAAGUUGCUGCCAAAUUCUGUCAGUUCAGUGACCCAAAACAUUCUGAAACUAUGUCAAUCUCUGUUUCUGAUGGUCAAGAAAAUUGCCCAGUUUAAGAAAGCAGAGUCACUUCCCUCAUCUGGUCUCCCCCCUUGCCAUAUGGUAGCGUUCAAACUGUAUCAGCAUUCCUAAGAAAGCUCUGUUGAGACAGACUGAAUUAUUUCUUUGUCUGGGGAACAAGGCACCGACACAAACUGAAAAACACCGAAAGUAGCUCUUUGUUGUGGGACUGCUUGUAAAACUUUCAUUUUGAUGCGGAUAUCUUGCAUGAAUUUAGGAGUGCUAGGAAUCUGUUGCCUAUAUGCUGGUUUUCUGUUUCCUAUACCUGUGUUAGUUUAAUGAUGGGCACAAGAACUGAGUUUGUUCUUUUUUUGUUCUCCGCCCCCCCCCCCCCCCCCCCCCCCCCCCCCAUGUAGAAGGCAGGCAUUGAGGACUUAACCUGUAUAUUAACCAUUCCUUUAUCAUUCCAAUAAAACUGUUUUAGAGUGCUUUCUGACAUGAUUUACUUGUUUGCAUGUUUUGUUCAUGGUUUGAGGUGGUCCCCUAAGUUGAACGGAGUUUUCAAAUGAAAAUUUUUUUAAAAGUACAGGAUCUAUUCAACAGAGCGAACAUAAUGCAUCUGCUGCUGCUGCAUGUGAACUCUCUUGGGUUGGAUCUCUCACCUGUUGCAACUAAUGGGUGUUGAUUACAUCAGAUACACCUACCCAAAAUAGUCAUUGGAGGUUUUGGGGGUUUUGGGAGAGCGCUGACUACACUCCCUAAUUAACCCGUUUUUCCUGCUCUUGCCCCAAGGCAGGUACAAACUGAAAGUGGACAGGGCAAAUCGGCUUCGCCCCAUGCCUGCAGAGCUUGCCAAACAGUCUCAGUUGCUUUUUUUGCAAUGCGUAAUUAAUUAGCUUUAUGCUCACAGUGGGGAAACUAUGUUAUUUAGUAUCUGUGUUGCCGGAGGGCAGUGUAGGAAAAUUUUUUUAACUAAAACUAUUCACUUUUACCUCUAUUUGACUGGUAGAUCCAGCCAGGUGCAUUCUUUUUAAGCUUUGUACCACCUACAUCUGUAGAGCUACGGAAGGUGCAUCCUCAGCUCCUAAACUGCACUAGGAUUGACUUGCCCAAAUCCCAGACUUCAAUUCACAUCCUCUGAAGGAAACCAAUACCUUAAUUCUUUAAAGAGUGGUUUCAAAAAAGCGGCUUGUUUUGCCAUUUAUAGGAUCAACUUUUUUCUCUCUGACCACCUCAAGCACAACCGAGAACUGUCAGUUACACCGAUGUCAUCUAACGGUGUUUGUGGCUUGUCUCUCAUGCUUAAUUGCCCUUUAGUGUCUUAAAAAAUGGUCCAUAACGUAAGAUAGGGAAAAGGGCUUUUAAUGCCAUUUCUAAAUCACGGGUAAUCCCAUUUACUUUCCUUGUAUAUGCACUUCACUUGUGUAACUCAGAAAAAUCUCUGGUUUUCCUGUUUAUAAAAAAAAGUCUUAAAAAGCCCAAUUUGUUAUUCAUUAAUGUAAAGCUCAAUACAAAUACUUUUCAGAAAUCUGUUUGAAAAACAAACCACGUGUGCGCAUAUGUUUACUUGCUGUUUCAGUUUACAAUGGUGUGCACUGUAAUAAACUUUUCUACCAACUAA